AACACUGCUCUCUCAUAUUUCUCUUGUUAAAAUGACAAUCACAAAAUACAUGCUUGUUGCCCUCGCUCUAUGUUUCUUAACCUCUGCCUACGCCGCAAGGUUUGACAUCACAAACCGAUGCUCCUACCCAGUGUGGGCCGCGGCCGUGCCCGGAGGAGGAAGGAGGCUGAACUCGGGGCAGUCAUGGGCCCUUGACGUGGCGGCAGGAACGAAAGGGGCCCGCAUCUGGGCCCGAACGGGAUGCAACUUCGACGGUUCGGGCCGCGGGCAUUGCCAGACCGGUGACUGCGGGGGCGUCUUGGAGUGUAAAGCAUACGGUACACCUCCCAACACCCUAGCGGAAUACGCGCUGAACCAGUACAACAACUUGGACUUCUUCGACAUCUCCCUCGUCGACGGUUUCAACGUUCCCAUGGACUUCAGCCCUACCUCCAACGGCUGCACACGUGGCAUAAAAUGCACUGCCGACAUUAAUCGACAGUGUCCCACUCAGCUUAAGACUCAAGGGGGCUGUAACAACCCAUGUACUGUCUUCAAAACCGACAACUAUUGUUGCAAUUCCGGUAACUGUGGACCCACUACUUACUCCAAAUUCUUCAAGGAUAGGUGCUCCGAUGCUUAUAGUUAUCCCAAGGACGAUGCCACCAGCACUUUUACAUGCAAGGGUGGCACUAACUAUAGGGUUGUCUUUUGCCCUUGAAACUUGAAAACAACCCUCUUUUCCUCUUCCUUGCUACUCAAUAAAAAAAUAUAUGAAUAACGCUGUGUUUCUUAGAAUAAAGUUUAGGGGGUUGUUCCUGGACCAUAAUAAAUGAGAGAUUUUGGUACGUCUUUUAAAUAAAAAUUAUUUUAUAUUUAAAUUUUUA